CAGCGAGGGCACCCGGGCUGGGCCGUGUGGCCCCACCAUGAUCAGGGGUCUUCACCAUGAUCAGGGGUCUCCACCACGAUUGGGGGUCUCCUCUGUGAGUGGGGGUCUCCACCGUGACCCCCCCCAUGCUGUUCUCUCCCAGACCAGCCCCCCCGAGGUCCGUGAGGAGCUGACAGAAAGUGAGGAGAGUGAGGAAAGCGUCUACUCGGGGCUGGAGGACUCGGGCAGCGACAGCAGCGACCCCGAGGAGGAGGAGAAGGAGGAAGAAGAGGAAGAAGAUGAAGACCCCGGCAGUGCUUCCCCCCCCAAAACACAAGCCAAAGGGAUUCCCAGGAAGAGAAAAUCCCUGGAGGAUGAUUCCCCAUCGGAGGGAAAGGAGGAUCUGCUUCCCCAGAACGAGUACGAGGACGACAGCUCAGAUGAAGAGGUAGGAGCCGCUGGAAUGUGUGGAAAUUUAAUGUGGAAACGGGAUAAAAGGGAUUGAUUUUGUGUGCUGGGAAAGG